GAUCACAAUGGUGUUAUUGAAAACGAGGAAUUUGAAGGCUUGGUUAAGGACCUUCUGGAUCUUGCAAAAAAGAACUACGAAGCAAAAGAUCUUGACCACUUCAAGGAGACCCUGCUGAAGCAAUGGGAUGAAAAUUCAGAUGGUAAGAUUGACAAGACGGAAUUGAAGCUCCUUCUUCUUCACUCAAAGUCUACCUGA